AUGUUUAACCUACUGAAGGCCCCACUAAGGAGCUCUUCAAGAUGCAUAUCCCAACUCAGAGCUACUUCAAAGUCAAGUAUACUAAUAAACCAGAGAUUUUUAAGUACAUCAAUAAUACUUCAAGCUAAAAGAGAUCGUAGAAGUUAUAGAAGACCAUUGAAAAGAAGAAGAAUUAAUAUUCCAGAUUUUGCUACAGUGUCACAAUUAGUUAAUUUGAUGGGUGUCAGCUAUGAUCAUUUAGCAAGAAGAUUAGAAGAAAUGGGAUUUGAAGAUAUGAAUCAUAAUUUUAUCUUAGAUGCAGAAACUAUCGGAUUAAUUGCAGAUGAAUAUGGAUUUGAUGUUAAAUUUGGUGAAGAUGAACAAGGUGAAGAUCUUGUACCUGUGAUUCCUGAAGAAAACUCAAAAUUUUUAAAACAAAGACCUCCAAUCGUGGCAAUUAUGGGUCAUGUUGAUCAUGGUAAAACAACAAUUUUAGAUUAUUUAAGGAAAAGCUCAAUUGUAAGUCAAGAACAUGGUGGUAUUACUCAACAUAUUGGUGCUUUUUCUGUUAAAGCCCCUAUCUCUAAGAAAGUCAUUACAUUUUUAGAUACACCAGGACAUGCCGCUUUUUUAAAAAUGAGAGAAAGAGGUGCCACUGUUACUGAUAUUGUUGUUUUAGUUGUUGCAGCCGAUGAUUCUGUUAUGCCACAAACUAAAGAAGCUAUAAAACAUAUUAAGAAAUCAGGAGUUUCAGUUAUUGUUGCAAUUAAUAAAUGUGAUAAAGAAAAUGCAAAUCCUGAAAAAGUUAUUGCAGAUUUAGCUGCAAAUGAUAUUGAUGUUGAAGAUUAUGGUGGUGAUACACAAACUGUUAAAGUUUCUGGGUUAACAGGGUUAAAUAUGGACACUUUAGAAGAAAGUAUUGUUACAUUAAGUGAGAUUUUGGACCUAAAAGCACAACCAACAAAUAUUCCUGUUGAAGGUUGGGUUAUUGAAUCUGAAGUUAAAAAGGGAAUGGGUCCAAUUGCAACAGUUUUAAUUCGUCAAGGUACACUAAAACCAGGUAAUGUACUUGUUGCAGGUAAUACUUAUUGUAAAGUUAGAUCAAUCAAGGAUGAAGGUGGUAAAGUUAUUAAAUUAGCUGGUCCAUCAACACCAGUAGAAUUAUGGGGUUGGAAAGAAGUUCCAGAAGCUGGUGAUGAAGUAUUACAAGCAAAAGAUGAAUCACAGGCUAAGAAAGUUAUUGAAACUAGAAUAAAUCGUUUAUCUAAACAGAAAACUGCUCAAAGUGUUGAUGUUAUUAAUAAGUUAAGAUUAGAACAUAAGAAGGAAGCUGAAAGACAAGAUCAAUUGGAUGAAUUACGUAAAUAUGGUCUUGAAGAGGAAACUGAAGAUUCAGAAACAGAUACAGUGGACAAGAUAAAAGAAAUUAAAUUUAUUGUUAAAGCUGAUGUUAGUGGUUCAACUGAAGCUAUUGUGGAAAGUAUUGAAAAUUUAGGUAAUGAUGAAGUUAAAUGUUCAGUUUUAUUAUCUGGUGUUGGUUUCCCAACUGAUACUGAAAUCGAUAGAGCAAGUAUUGCAAAUGCCAUAAUAUUAUGUUUCAAUAUGAAGAUUCCAAAAGAUGUUGAUAAUAAAGCCAUCAAGAAAAAUGUUGAAGUUAGACAUCAUAAUGUUAUUUAUCAUUUGAUUGAAGAUGUUACCAAAAUUUUAUCAAAAGAAUUAAAACCAAUUAUUGAAUUAAAUGUAUUAUCAGAAACUGAUAUUAAAGAAAUUUUUGAAAUUAAAGGUAAAAAGAAAAAAAUCACAAGAAUUGCAGGGUGUAAAGUUAGAUCAGGUAAAUUAGAAAGAUCAGGUUUAAUUAAAGUUAUGAGAGAUGAAGAGGAAAUUUUUAGAGGUAGAAUAUCAACUUUAAAACAUGCAAAAGAUGAUGUUAAAGAAAUUGCAAAAGGUAGAGAAUGUGGUGUUGAAUUUGAAAAUUGGGAUAAAUUUCAAGCUGGUGAUGUUAUCCAAGUUUAUGAAGAGAAAGUUAUUCCAAGAUUUUUAUGA